AGAGCGGUGCAUUGUGGGGGAUAUAAACGUUUUUUUAUUAAAGAUGCUUUAACCAGGAUUCAUCGAUUUAAACUCUGUAUGUCCAAACGAGAUCGAGAUGAAGGUUUGUACUAAAUGCACACACAGCUUUGAACGUACUUUAAGCUUUCUGUUCGUCGAGUUUUAUUUCGUGACUGUACUACAGUUAGUUAGCUAUCUAACCUAGCUACAUGCUAAUCAGGCCAGUCGUGGAAAUAAAACUAACGGCAGAAACGUUAGAUUAAAGUUAAGGGUGACGACUGAAGCAGAUAUACUCGGUACUAACAAACGUGCACCGACUAUCUCUGCGUGUUCAGGUUAUAAAUGUAAUACUUUUACCAGCACAGUGUAAACUUCCCAUUAAGAGCACAGAGAACUGGUUGGAUAGUGGGUGUAGUGGGUGUAGACAGUUGUUUUUGCUGUUUUGAAACUCUUGCUCUGCCUUUACAUUUGCUUUGUAAUUUGUGUGCAGCUUUGCAAUGAUGAAGUUAUUACUCUGUAAAUAGAUGGAUGCAAUAAAUAGGAAAGGGUUAACAGUUAUAAAGCAGCACUCAUGUUUGUCAUUUUGAAGUAAAGCUACAGACAAUUCAAGUCUUUUAGCUUCUUAUUUACAGACCACAAGAAUAUGAUCUGAGAUUCUUGUAUUAACCCAAAUCCAUAAGAAAAACUUGACUGAAAUAUUUAUUAUGCAAUAUCACACUGUCGUAUAAAUAUUGUGUGGGUUACACCCAGUGAGUUUUUUUCUUCAAGAUUCUCUGGAGAUUUUUGCAUUUACAUAACAACAGUUUCACUUCUGAACUGUGUGGAUGAUUCUACCUUCAGUCUGACAUAAAGAAUCAUAAAGAAUUAUUAUAGUUAACACAAGAUGAUCUCCAGUAGGGCUGGACGAUACAGGAAAAAGUUUUUUACAAUAUAUUUUUUUCACAUAGUCGAUAUCGAUUUAUAUCAGGAUAUAAAAAAUGAAAUUUAGCAGUGCUUAUCUGUAACAUGCACGUGACAUAAUUUACAGUGCACAUUACUCUGCUUCAUGUCCAACCUCCAAAAACCAAAAUACCUCCACACCACCGACGUUUUCGUGUCAGUGUUGUCGAGCCUUCAUCUGUAUUUCUGUCGGGGGUAGCACUCAUUUCCUUUUUUUCUCACCAACAGCGCUGUCGGCUCCACGUGUUAAAGUGCUAUGGUUGCGUGUAGCUCAGUGUUGUUUUUGUUGACGUUGAUGAAAAUAUUUCAUAAUGUAAACGCACAUUCGUCUCGUCACAUUUUAGUCAUCUAACACUUUUAUUUAGCUCAUCAACGUCACGUCUUAGUCGUGGAAAAAAAAGGAGCGUUGUCAAAAUAUUUUCGUCAACGAAAACAACACUGGUGUAGCUGCAGCCUGCUUCUAUGCAGUUGUCUGCUACAUGUUUCUAAUUCAGCACAUGAUUGGUUCAGUGCGAACCCUAAGCAACUCCUCUUUCAUUGGCCAUUCGUAUAGUCUACUAAAACAUGACAGAAUGCCGACUAUCAAAAAGCUUAUUGACCAUGUUUUAUAUUGUUAUUGAGGGAAAUUAAUUUUGGAUAUUUAUUAUUAUCGUUUUAUCGCCCAGCCCUAAGUUAUACACUCUCACAUUUUACUACAUUUUAUACUGUCAACAGGAAGCUCACAGAGACUUUCUGACAUACUGUGUCCUCUCCAUAUAAGGGUUUCUCUGUUGAAAACAUCUUAGAUUUAAAUAUAAAAUUUUCAGUAGAAGUAACUCUCAAGGUAAUCUUUGUAUUUACAGAGUGUUUUCAUCCUCCAAGACAAAGCCUGGGCAGGGUCGAGCCUGCUUUACAGGUGGCAGAAAACCCUUGGUAAUUACAUCGCUGUUGCAGGGUAAGUGAACUGUUUCAGUAGAAAAUGUAACCUGAAUUACUAAUGUGUGCACUGAAUGAAUUUAGGGAAGUACAUUUCUUAAAUAAACAUUUUAUCUCUCAUCACACAGACAGGACAACUCAGUGAAAAUUUUUGACCGACAUGGACACGAGUGGACUGAAAUCAACCUGCCAGGGUGAGUUUUAGUGUGUUCGCUGUUCUAAUUUUAUGUUUUGUUUUGUCUUUUACUGUUUUAAAGUAAUUUUGGUUCUACUUUCUGUUCCUUUUCCUGAUCCCCUCAGACGUUGCGUGGGAAUGGAUUGGGACAAAGAUGGGGACAUUUUGGCAGUGAUAGCUGCAAAAUCCAGCUCUAUCUACCUCUGGGAUGCCAGUGUCAACAAAACAUCCCAGAUAGAGAGCGGCAUGAGGUGUGACAAACAUGCAACGCGUUGAGAGUCGCUGUUAUAAUUGUGUUGACCAGAUCUUAACUCUGGAUUAUUUUCUCGCUGUUGUUAAUUUUAAUAGAGACCAGAUGUCCUUCCUACUGUGGUCAAAGAUGAGCCCGCUGCUCGCAGUUGGCACAGUCAAAGGAAACCUGCUGAUCUACAAUCAGCAGACCUCACGAAAGAUCCCUGUACUGGGUAAUACAACCCAACUGGCAGACAGUGGCUCUUGCUUUUCUCAGACUUUUCGUCAGUCUUGAUUUCCUCUCUCCUCAAAUUUUAGGUAAACACACCAAGAAGAUCACCUGUGGGUGCUGGAGUUCUCAGAACCUGCUGGCCUUGGGUAGUGAUGACAACUCUUUGAGUAUCAGCAACCAUGAAGGAGACACAGUCAGACAGGUAGACACACUGCAUCUGCCACAUAUGCCUAACUAUUUGGUUCAUUCGCAUCAAUAGUGACCCAAAAGUACUGUGAGUUAUUCAAGAGCGGUCACACUGUUUGUGAUGUGGAGAGCAAGAUGAAAAAAGUGGAACUCUUUGAAGUUAUGUGUAAGAAAAUGGAAAACAAGUGCCAGGAGAAGAGCAGUGUCAACAAAAGUUUUAUAGAAUAACAACAAGAGUUCAAAGAAACCUCUUCUCUUCACAGACGACACUUCGGGGUGAGCCUGCUGAGAUUUUCUUUUCAGUGAUGAAGACAGAUGAAAGGUCUGCGAUCGGGGAGGGCACGGUGAGUGUCAGUGUUUUCUUCUAUAUUAUAUCAACAUUAAUUUAUGGUUUUUUAAAUGUUCAUGAUAUCAUUUCACAUCACACCUUACUUUCUCAGGUGAGUGUGUCUGUGGACAAGAAGAUACUGAUGCUGUUCAGUGUCAAUGACCCUGAAAACAGGAUUGAAUUGACCUUCCAGCGUCACUAUGGAAACAUUGUGUCCUACCGCUGGUAUUUAUCACACAGCUCAGCAGCUCAACGUAAAUUCUGAGCCACUGUAGUGAGAUAUCUGUUUUAAAGUGAGCUUUUCUCCUCUGUCUUUUUUAGGUACGGCGAUGGAUACAUACUAAUCGGAUUCUCCCACGGAUACUUUGUGGUCAUUUCCACUCACAUCAGAGAGAUCGGACAGGAGCUCUAUCAGGCUCACAACCACAAAGACAGUCUGAACAGUGUGGCCAUCUCAACGACUUUAAAUAAGGCGGCCUCUUGUGGGGACAACAGGUACACACAGGCUUUAAAAAUAACAGUACAGCUAUCCCUUUUGUUAUUUUUUAAAGUGAAGCUGAAUCACUCUGAUUUUUGUUGCAGCAUUAAGAUCCACGAGCUGUCAGAGCUCAAAGAUAUCAGUAAUGUAGUUCAGCUGGAUGAUGAGACCAAAGGUGAGACAGUCUUAUCUUGUCAUACUUGUUAGCUAGGAGACACCCACCACCACCCACUCCUCCAUCAUCUGUCCCUGUUCUCCUCCUCCAGGUCUGGAUCAGCUGAGCUGGACAGAUGACGGACAGCUGUUGGCGAUCUCCACACAGAAAGGGACACUCCACGUCUUUCUAACCAAGCUACCUAUCUUAGGCGGCAGCUUUGGUACUCAGUUGGCCUACCUUACCUCUCUGUUGGAGGUCACAGUGUUCAACUGGGUGGAGUGGGUGAGGACGUGUGUAUUUUGUUUGGUUAGCUUAGAGGUCACUACCAAAUUUCCCCUCAGGAAUAAAUAAAGCUCUGAUUUGAUCUUAUCCAAGUUUAGAUGGAACUUAAUUGAUCUUUUCAGGAAGGCACCCUCAGGGAAAUUAAAAUCAUUACAUGGACAAUGUAAUAAUGUCAAAAUUUUACAUGGAGAAAUCCCCAAUCAUAUAUCUUUGGAUAUCAAAAAAAAGGAAAAAGGAAAAUUGACUAUGUUUCAUUUAAAUAAUAGACAUAAAAUCACUGUUUGCAAAAGCAGGAAGUAACAUAAGGAUAGAGUAUAUUUAUGAUAAUGCACUGAAAAAUUUACUUAGACACAGUAGAUUUCAGGUAGAACACACACAAAAAAAGAAGUCAACUCCUUUACAGAUGAUCACAUCAGUGAGUUAUUGAAUCGUGGCUCUGUACCAAAUUAAAUUUGACAACAAACUGUCAAACAAUAUCUGAUCUCUUGACUAUGACUUCUAAAGUUCUGUUUCUGUUGUGGUGAUAUUCUUAAAAUAAGACUCAUCAGGACUUUUUUUGCCUCGUGACGUAUUUUUCAGGAUAAACCUGUCACCAUAGAAGUGGAAGUGGAGCCUACUUUCAUUGCCGUGGGGCCGUUCCAUGUGGCUGUGGGAAUGAACAACAGAGCCUGGUUCUACGCCCUGACAGAUAGAGAACCUGGUGUGUUUAUGUCGGGUUGUGACAGUAGAUCCUGUUUAACAGUAUUCUGGUAUUUGUCAAACCUUGCAUCACUGUUUUGUUAUUGCUCAGGUUUUCAGAAGCUGAAGGACAUCGAGUAUUUGGGGACCAUAGCCAGUAUGUGCCUUAACAUAAACUACGCAGCAGCUCUGUUUGAGGGAAAAGUUCAGCUUCACAUGGUGAGGAAUUAUUGAUCACACAGCAGCACUUACAAGUCUCUGUGUUGUAAAGCCUGUACUGUGACGUCUCUGUGUGGGUUUAGAUUGAAGGUAGAGACCAGGAGGAGAAGAAGCAGAUGAAGUUGUUUCCAGAUGAUGAUACAAAAGGACGGAUCCUUUGCCACGCUCUGACUGCUGACUUCCUCUACUACGGCACUGAUGUGAGGCUCAGUACAUCCUCAUAUCCUCGUAAAAAUCAGCUGUAGAAAGCAGAGCAACAUUUUAACAUCAGUGAACAUCUCUUUUUUAAAUUAAAUAUACUCUUGUGCUUUGUCUCCCCUCAGUCCCUUGCUCUGUUUUCAUGCAUGCAACCAACCGUCUCUUAAUGUUUCUCAGUCAGGUAAUAUCGUGUGUGUGUUGGUGGAGGACUGGAAAACGGUGAGCAGCUACAGCCACUUGGUUGGCGUCAGGAAGAUGUUCCCCGACAUCAACGGCACUCGGCUGGUUUUUAUUGAUGAUAAAAACAGCGGCUUCCUGCUUUCAUCUGCAAACGUCAGUAAAAUACGGUCAUUAAAUUGUCACUUUUUCAACCUCCAUAUUUAGAUUUGUGCGGAUCAUGUCUUGAAUUGCUUCACGGACGGAUAUCAUUGAGCAUUUCAAGUUGUCAAAUCUAGAUUUUUUUACUACAUGGGCAGGUCUGUGGCACAUGUCGGGGUCUCAUAGCAUUAAAUACAAAAUAUUAGAUUCUAUAAGAUUGAUGCAGCUGCACUACGUUUAUAGUAGGUUUAUUUAUGAUAAGUGUGUGUGUGUGUUUUUGUGUGUGUCCUGUCCAGGCAACAGACCCCUGCUAUGAACUUCCAAACUUCUCUCCGACCAUCACUGGAGUGCUGUGGGACAACUGGCAUGCUGACAGAGGAGUGUUUGUCGCUUAUGACGAUGAUAAGGUCUACACCUACGCCCUGCAUAAAACCACCAUAUACGGUGAGAGGUUCAACACUAUCUCUUUUUUUUGUCAUGUGUGAAUAAGAAAUGCAACAACAUACACUUCCACUGCCUCAUCAUCAAACUGCACUCCUUCCUCCCUCUUAUCCCACAGGCCCCAGGGUGGAGUUAGUGGGGAGUACUCCUCUUCUGUUUUCCCAGAAGCCUUUGCUUUUGCAUAACGGGGAGCUGACAUGUCAAACAGCCAGUGGAAAGACCAGCGACGUCACACUGAGCACUCACUCUUUCCUCAAGAACUCAACCAGUACAGUCCCAGUUUCACCAGCGCAGCUCAGUGAGCAGCUGGCGAAUGCUCUGUUACUCAAGAGGUCGGUCAUGUUGGAGACAUUGAAUUCUGUGUGUUGAAUUGGAAGGAUGCUUUGGAGAGGUUUUAAAUAAGUGCCAUUGUGGGUUAAUUGGUUGUAAAUCCAGUGUAAUCCAGAUGCAGCUGUCAAACCUUCAUGUAGGUUCAUUGAUGUAAAAAGACGUUCCUCUCCAUGUCAGACUCAGCACAGGUUUAAAAAUGAAAAACGGUCAAAUUUACGCUGUGCCCUUUUCUGUCGUUUGUCCAGAUUUCACAAGGCCCUGAAUCUGUGUAAGUCUGCAGGCAGCACCUCAGACUGGGCAGAUUUAGGGAAAGCUUGUCUCGUCCACAUGGAGGUAGAGUUCGCCAUCCAGGUGUUUCGUAUGAGCAGCAAUGUUGGCAUGGUGCUGUCCCUGCAGGGUAUCCAGGUACAAACUAACCAUAGUUCACACUCCCCCUUCGCUCCUCGAGAGUCCCAUCUUCAUCUCUCCCUCCUCUGUCUCUGUUCAGGGUAUAGAGGAUAAGAAUUUACUGGCAGGACAUCUGGCCAUGUUUCUAGGUGACUACAACCUGGCACAAGACCUUUAUAUGUCCUCAACCUGCCCAAUCGCUGCACUGGAGGUAAAACAUACUCACAUUAAAAAAAAACAAACAGCAUGUUCAUUUAUGCACUUUUGCUACAAGACGUUUGUUAAUAUUCCAGGUUUCUUUUAUUUUUAAAUGUUGCAUUAAAGCUUCGAUAGUUAAUAUCAGCUCAGAUACAAACUAAAGUCUUUAACUCUGUUUCUGUGUUUGUGUUUGAGAUGAGGAGAGACCUGUUACACUGGGACAGCGCUCUGAUGUUAGCCAAGAGCUUAGCAGUCCACCAGAUUCCAUUAAUAUCCAAAGAGUACGCUGUCCAUCUGGAGUUUAUGUAAGGCCGUGUAAACAUAUCCCCCACAUGCUCUCAUUAGUCAGAUGUAGUAAUGAAAUGAAGUCUUUUUGACUUUUAAUCAGUGAUCAUCGUGGAACUUUAAUUUUAUCUCUCUUUUUCGACCUUUCAGUGGGGACUAUGUGAACGCUCUCUCUCACUAUGAAAAAGGCUUGACACAUGACAUUAAAGUAAGUGGAUUCUUUUUGAUCUCAGUUCACCGCAGAGUUAAUCAGAUCAAAUGAAAUUUCCCUCGGGGACAGUGAAGUAUCUGUCAAAUCGAUCUGAAACUGUUCUGUUGGUUUUUUUAACUAUGCUCCUCCAUAACACCUGACUGAACGAAGAUUUACAUCUGAUCAUUUCUCUCCUGUACCUUUCACUUCAAGGACCACGAUGAGGCAUGUCAAGCGGGUGUCGCCAGGAUGUCCAUCAGGAUGGGUGACAUCAGGAAAGGAGUCGCUCAGGCGGUUCAGCACCCGAGCAGAGUCCUCAAAAAGGAGUGUGGGGCCAUCCUGGAGAGCAUGAAGGUAAAGAGUCAGCCGUGUGUUUGUGUUUGGUGGUGCAGGUUUCUUUAGAGGAAGUAGUAUGUGAUUGUUUUUGUUCAUAUUCUCUUCUGUGGUUCUUUUCUUCUUGAAGCAAUUCUCUGAAGCUGCUCAGCUCUAUGAAAAAGGCCAGUAUUACGACAAGGCUGCAUCUGUUUAUAUCCGCUGUAAAAACUGGUGAGACAAACUACAUUCACAGAUUUGAACACCCGCAAGACUCUUUCCUCUUUUAAACAAUCAACUUUAUUUUGAUUUGAUGCUCAGGGCGAAGGUGGGAGAGUUGCUUCCACAUGUCUCCUCUCCUAAGAUUCAUCUGCAGUACGCUAAAGCAAAGGAGGCAGACGGCAAGUGAGUUGUUUGUUUAGAAGUCUGUUAUACUGGAAAUAAAGCCUAAACAGAGGAGGUACUGUGUAACUUGCAUCAUGUGCACCAGGUACAAGGAGGCAGCACAAGCCUAUGAGAGUGCGAAGGACUGGGACAAUGUGAUCCGUGUGCUGUUAGACCAUCUGAACAACCCUGAAGAUGCUGUGCGCAUAGUCAGGGAGACACAGAGCAUCGACGGGGCGAAGACGGUAGCCAGGUAGGAGAGACACGAGGACAGAUGUGGACAAACAAUUCAAUUUACUUUGACAUGAAACAGAGGGACACAAAAUCCCAACUAUGUGGUUCUUCUAAUUCUUCUUUGUUACCUUGUGAAUGUUAUUAUGAAAUGACUGUAAUUUUCCUCAUUUAGAUGAAAUGAUCUUUCUUUGUGUGAAGUACCUUUGACAUACUGCGUUUUUCUGUGACAGGUUCUUCCUGCGCUUGGAUGACUAUGGCUCAGCCAUCCACUUCCUGGUGAUGUCCCAGUGCAACGAUGAGGCUUUCCAACUUGCACAGCAGCACGGGCAGAUGGAGGUCUAUGCCGACAUCAUUGGUCAGUCCUUUAAGUAGUGUUUAAACUGCAUAAAUUAAUGUUUGAAACUUCUAUUCAGAAUGGCUUCAGAGUUCAAGUGUUUGGUUGUCCUCAUCCUGCUAUGUGACUGUUUCUUUGUUCAUCAGGUCCUGAGGCGACGCAGGAGGACUACCAGAGCAUUGCUUUAUACUUUGAGGGGGAGAAGAAACACCUGCAAGCCGGGAAGUUCUUUCAAAAGUGUGGCCAGUACAGCCGAGUAAGACAUAUCUCUUUAUACAUAUAUAUAUACACCUAUAUAUCUAUUUUACAGCGUAAUGUAUGUCCCAGCAGUUGACUGACUGAUGUUGACACAUCUGUGGGUUCCUCCUCAGGCGCUGAAGCACUUCUUGAAGUGUCCAAACAGUGAAGACAACCUGGCUGUGGAAAUGGCCAUAGAGACGGUGAGAGAGAGCAGUGUGAUAGUGACAAACUGAAUAUGAUCCCACGGCUUCAUUAUCAUGUGGCAACUCAUUAGAGUGUGUGUGUGUGUGUGUGUGUGUGUGUGUGUGUGUGUUUCAGGUGGGUCAGGCAAAGGACCCUUCACUGACUGUUCAGCUGAUAGAUUACCUCAUGGGAGAGAGUGAUGGCAUGCCAAAGGUAAUCCUCUCACCUGAACUCUUGGGCUGUCUCUCUCUUUGGUUCUUAAACUCAGUGGAUGUGACUCUACGUGUAACAAACAUACAUGUGAAUAUCUUCAAUGAUAUACUGACCAGCCUUCACAAAAACACUUGGGCAAGCUAAUGCGAUCCAACACAACAGGUGAACCACAAACUGAACUUCUAGGAAGUUUUUAGUUUUUUUUUUAGCGCCCUGACUGAGUUGGUCAGUUUAUCGGUCGAUACAUGCUGAGUCGACUCGGCACGUUUCGACCAAUAAGUCGACCAGGACUUCACAGCUCUGAUCAGCUGAUCAUGUCAAUAAAAAUUAAAACCGUAGAAGCCAAUUCAAAGCAGAAUUUAUGUUGUAUCUAUACUGUAACACGAUUUUCAACUGCUUUCCUAGUGGCGUUAUCAAUUUCAACAUUUUAUCAACACUUCUCCCUUAUUUUGAGAAGUCAGAUUAUUUAAUUGAUAUCAACACGCUUCCUCUACCAGUGUCCCACCACUUCUGGUUCAUGAGGAAAACUCAUCCUUUGUUUAAAAGCACUCCUCAGUAAAUGUGCUUAAAGGUGUUUAUUGAGUUAAUUUCCCAGAAGACACUUCCUGUCGGUGUUGGUCUUACUCAGUUGGAUUGAAAAUGAAGCGUAACCUGCCUGAUAUCCCCUCCAUGCUUUACUUUACAUCAGUCGUUGGCAUUGUUAAGCAGACAGCUGAAGGUCAGUCGAACUCUUCAUCUCCUUCCCCUAGGAUGCCAAGUACCUGUUCCGUCUUUACAUGGCCCUGCAGCAGUACAGGGAGGCAGCCCGUACCGCCAUCAUCAUCGCCAGAGAAGAGCAAAAUGCAGGUUUGACAAUAAUCACACAAAACAAACUAAUACCUUUAAAAGUCUGUAGUUUCUCUACCAUCUCCGAAUGUUUUUAUCUUCCUGUUACUUCAACAGGAAACUACCGUAACGCUCAUGACGUGCUGUUCAGCAUGUACACUGAGCUGCAGGCCCAGAAGAUUAAAAUCCCGGCUGAGAUGGCCACAAACCUGAUGAUCCUCCACUCCUACCUGCUGGUGAAGGUCAGUACAGACAAAAUGUUUAGAUGAUUAUCUGUCACUGUUUAGAAAAAACAGUUUAGGGGGUUGGGACAGAAUAAAUCUUAUUUUAACAAUUUGGAUGAAAAAAUUAGAAAAUCUCCACAUUUUUUUCCUCACAUGUAAUUUCUUUAACUUCUCAAAAGCUUUCACUCGACAACACUGUAAGCAGCCAUAAGUUUCCAGUUCAGUGCUCAUCAGAUCAAAUAUCAGCAUCUGAUAUCAGAGCUUCAUACAUUUUUCACAGUGAGAUCUGCUACUGAACAGACUCCUGGCUAAAAGCUCAAUACAGCUUGAUCAGCAUGUCAUCUUCAAGAUAAAUAUUUCCAGUAAAUGUGUCAUUAUGUAGAUCCAUGUCAAGAAGGGAGACCACCUGAAAGGGGCGCGCAUGCUCAUCCGUGUCAGUAACAGCAUCAGCAAGUUUCCUGCUCGUGAGUCCACCUUUCUAAAAACUUAAAUAUGUAGCUGGAGUGUAAGUGCUUUCAGGCAGUCAUCAGUACUUGUGUUGAUUUGUUCGGGCGUAGAUGUUGUUCCUAUUCUGACGUCAGCGGUCAUCGAAUGUCGCCGUGCCGGGCUGAAGAACUCGGCCUUUGGCUUUGCCGCGAUGCUGAUGAGACCGGAGUACAGAAAUGAUAUCGACCCCAAGUACAGGAAGAAGAUUGAGGCUAUGGUUCGGUAAGCCAACAAGAGAAAUCUUUACACCAUCUGCUAAUUGCUGCAAUUAAAUCUUUAACGCUUCUUUCUUCCACCGCAGGCGUCCAGACACAUCCGAGCUGGAGGAGGAAACCACGCCGUGUCCUUUCUGUGGCUCUCAGCUGCCUCAGAAUGACCUGCUCUGCAUCUACUGCAAGAACAACCUGCCUUACUGCAUCGCCACGGUACAAACACACACAGACAAGGACCUACGCUCACACAUGGACUGUUUUUCUUUCACACAUCAUAGUAAACUCUGAUGAUUUUAUACUUUUCUCAGGGACGUCAUAUGCUGAAAGAAGACUGGUGUGUGUGUCCUCACUGUGAAUUCCCUGCUCUCUACUCACAGUUCAUUCUGUAAGUCAAGUAUUCUUAGAAAUGAGAGAAAUUCAGCAGCUCUCACUCUCAACAAAUGCAUCAUUUACUAUCAGACACAGCAGUGUGCCUAUUUUUGAGAAGGAUUCAGAAACUCUAACGUGGACCAAACAGACACAUUCUCAAAAUUAUCAUUUGGUGUAAAUAGAGGCCGACAGCAGUAAAUGGUGGUUAAGUUAUUUUCACCACACAGUGAUCAGCUGUACUGUACAGAACUCCUGAGCUACUGGGGCGGCAGCAGCUCAGGAGGUAGAGCAGUCGUGCAAUAACCAGACGGUUGGUGAUUCGAUUUCCCCCCUAUCCUGAGUCUGUUCAUUGUGUCCUCGGGCAAGACACUCAACCCACCCUGCUCCUAGUGUGUGUCCUCCACUGGUGUGUGAUUGUGAGUGUUGUGUGGUGGUGGUUAGAGAGGCGCAAACCGGCAGCCACGUUUCCGUCAGUCUGCCCCAGAGCAGCUGUGAUGACUAAGGUAGUUUACCACCACCAGGGUGUGACUGUGUGAGUGAAUGAAUGGUGUAUCCAAUGUAAAGCGCUUUAUGAACUCUGAUGCAUCAUUAUUAUUAUUAUUAUUAUUUAUUAUUAGUGUGUCAGUAUGGUCACAGGGAAAUCCCGUCUCUGAUCUCACUUGUGUGUAGGUUGCUGGAAACAGAGACGGUGUGUCCCAUGUGCUCUGAGGCUCUGAGCGCCAAACAGCUGAAGAAGAUCUCCGAUUGUUCGAGUUACCUUCAGGCUGAAGAGGUGGAUCAAUAAAGAAAGAAAAAAGUAUCUCAGCUAUAAAAACGUCUGAAUGAAUAAAUGAAUUUCUAUUUGUUUAUAACAUCACAUGUAUAAAAAGAGAGUGAAUGUAGCUACGAGUUUUGUAUGAUGUAAAAAUAGGAGAAUUGAGAUUUUAAAGGUGUUUGAUUUGCUUUUAACUGAGAAAUCAAUAAAAGCUUUGUAUUUUUGGUGAA